AUCUGGCUAGGCACCUCCUGACGCUUGUUUCUCAAAUGCAUGGGUCGGUUGUGAAAAUGGGUCCUUGCGGCGGUGGUGGCGGCAAACCAUGGAAGAUGGACAUGCGUGGUGUCAACCGUAUCAUUAAGGUGAUUGUUCGCCACGGCGCCGCGGUCGACUCCAUGUCGGUGUUGUAUGAGCGGGGUGGCCAGAAGGAGAAGACCAAGCUGUGGGGAGGAUCUGGGGGCAAGCGCUCGGAGAUCUGUUUGGAGCCAGACGAGCACUUGACAAACAUCAGAGGCCACUACGGCUUCUUUAACGGCUGGUUCGUGAUCAGGUCGCUCACUUUUGUGAGCAACCGCCGCACUUUUGGGCCGUACGGGGAGGAGACAGGCACGGCAUUCAAGCUCCCAGGAGCCGGCGGCAAAAUCCUUGGCUUCCACGGGCGUUCGGAAGGCCUCCUCGACGCUCUUGGCACAUAUGUCAACAUGGGCUAGGUAUGGACAUCUCCUGUCACGACUGGGAAGGGGAUAUUUGAGGACUCGGGAUGCUAUGUAAUGCUUAAUCUAGGUAGGUGCUUACUCUGAACUCUGUUAUGUGAUGCAUUUCUUUUGCUUCUGCUCUAUCGCAUUCGCAUGUUGGUUGAUGAAGGAACAUCCCGUAGAGUGAAUACUAAACAUAAACUAGAUGCUUGAAACCUGGUGCUCGUUUCCUAGUUUGAACGAGUGGAUGUAGUGACUGUGUGUUUGCUACUGUUAAAGCAUGAAUCUGGAACAUUCUGGUUCGUGCUGAAUUGCUGAUGUUCUAAACUAGUAGGGGUUCCGGCUGAUGUAAGAUGUAACAUGCAUUUUUCAGAAACGGCAGGCCUGAUGUAGCAGAAGAACAUACCACAUCCGCAGGUUCUUAUCGCAACAUGUAAGAUGUAAGAUGUAACUUGCAUGGCAGAUCUUAUGGCAACAUGCCAGGUUCAGAGUGUAUAACCGGUGUUUGAUCUAAAAGUACGCUUUUGUUGAGCGUCACAACAGCUUCACCUCAUUGUCCUUGAACAAGUAACGUUUACACUUGUGCUUGAUCAUCUCGAGGCUUCCUCGGCCGACAUCCUUGA